AAUAAGUUCUUUCGAGUCCACUAACACAUGGGAAGAUGUAUUAUCAGACUUCAUGAAUAAGGCAAACGUAACAUUACAAAAAACGGAUUCCGUUACAAUUUCCGUUUGCAAAAACAGCACCGAUGUCGAAAGUUUCCAUCCAGACAUUUCUGAAAGUAUUUCGGUGCUCAAUACCUUUGACUGUUCGUUGAAGUAUGUUACUUACAAUAUAAAAAGAGAAAGUGAUAUCAAUGAUCAGAACAACAAUGUUGACGGUGACGAAGCUUCCCACUCGAAUGCAUUCACCAUGAUGAUGCAGGGGGAAAACAGCAAAAAACCAAAAACGAAGACAGAUGGUAACAGAGUCACAGCUAAAGACAAACUGUACAACAGCCUGUGUGACCAUAUGACAUCUUGUGACGUCAUGUUCCCGGGCUCUAUGCCAGAUGAUACUGUCAAGAAGCACAUCGAUGUUAUUACCAAUGCCAUGUGGUACCUUGAUGGGAAUAAGCAGAAACUGACAGAUCGUGCUAAGCAAUCAGAAAAUGUGGCAAUUGUACCAGACAGGUUUGUAGACAACUUCAAUGACUAUAAUGAUUGGAAAAAGAAGGAACAGAGAGCACCCAGGUUGCAAGCCUCUGAACUCAAGAAACAUAGUGGGGGUAUUUUCAGACUGGUGUCCAUGGUCUUCACACAGCGGUGGGGGACUUUCGGGAGUGACCUCGAACAGCUGGCUGUGGCAAUGGACUCGUAUGCAGAGUUCCUUGAAAUGUCUAAUGAACAACAAGCUAAGAGACAGAAGUUGGAUCACCCUUCCAGGCAACUAGGGAAUCAUUCCGAGAUUCAGCACAGAAUAGAAACGGACACAGUGCAUAAGAAAUAUACAAAUCUCGACAACGAUCUGUCUCGCCAAUAUUACACAUUUGUGUCUAGAUCUACAAUCAUGCAAGAAGUUAGUGCAAGGUGGGGUUAA